AGUAUUCCAAGAGGGAAGUGAUAGAUAUAUUAUGCAAUCUGUAGAUACAAAAAAUGAAGAGAUUGCAAUUAGCAGAAACAGGACUUUUGAGAUUUAUAAACAAGCAAAAGAGGAAAUUAUUGAUGGAAUUAUUGACAACUAUCAGAGUCAAACAUUUUUGAAUAAAAAGUCCACAAAGAGGAGAAAAAGGGCAACGGAUGAACACAAUGUUGAAUUACUAUUUGUCACAGAUUACAGUAUAUUUAACUACUGGAAAUUAAAAAGUACGAAGACAACAGAUGAUGAAAAAGAAGAAGACGCAAUUGAAGCAGUAACACAGUAUUAUUCUUUUCUUCUAAAUGGGAUGGAUGCAAUUUACAAGAAUAUUCAGACAACGGACUAUACCAUAAACAUAAAGUUUUCGGCAAUUAUUAUUACACAGACUAUUGGCGACUCACCCUGGACAGAAUCAAUUGUCGACUCCUAUGGCCAAGUAAACUCUCAAACAGCACUAAGUAACUUCUCUACUUGGAUAAACACAUCACCAGGACUACCAAGCUAUGACCAUGCUAUGCUUAUGACUAAGGAUUGCAUAUAA